AUCGGUCGAUGUCGUUGUCCGGACGUUACAACGCCCGAAUAAGUUCCGGAUUCGCGGGUCCAUAUCGGUCCACUAUCGGAUAGGCCGGAGCGCAACCCCAGAGAAGAGACGCAAUAAUUACCCUUUCGCUCGUCCGCCAAAUUCUUUUUGGGAUCAGGGUGGAAUGGUGCGAUAUGCGCGAACAAGGGGUGUUGGAUGACCUAGGAAAGAAUGGGCAGGACGCUGGCGCCGUAUGUCUUACUGGAGAGCAGAGAAACACACAACAAACAGUUGCGUCAGCUGGUCUACCAGUCCUGACCUGGAAUCGACUAUGAUCAGCAUCCAGAUCACCGUUUAUCACGGCACCGUAUUGGGUGAUUCCAUGCCAAGCCCAUCAGGUGGCUGUGAGAAGAUGGAAUCUGAGAAGCGAAGCCAAGCCCGACCAAGCCAAAAGCCGCGACGGCCUGAGGUGAGGGUGACGACAGAGCCCUCAGCGCCCCUGUCUGCAGGGGUCUUUCGAUGUCGGGGGUCGGCGCAUCGGUGUCGAUCAGCGCCCCGCCUCCCGAACGGAGAGGGUGAAAGGGGCGAAGUUGGGCGGAGGGGGACCCGAAAAGGUGGGAUAGUGGGAUUGUGGGUGCCCGCAGUGCAUCAGUUGGGACCAUCGACGGUGAUCCCCACGCCCACUUGCAGUGGCGGACUCUGACGGCGCCGAUUAUCGUUCUCUCGAUGGGUUUUACUGGGCGGGCGGGCGG